AUGUCGAACCAGGGGACACAUGAAAGAGCGACGCAUCCAGCCUGGGAGUCAUUGAGGGAUCUCUUUGGUUUUGCGGCACAUUGCCAGGAUCUUCGGGAAGGCCAGCUAGCAUGCUUUGAUCUUCGUUUGGACGGCGAUUUUGUGCCGGCAGGCAAGGACUUCCUGGUGAGAGCGCAGGUGCUGCAACAGGCACACAUUUGGGCGGCCAAUGGGGAUAUCAGCGUUUGCCCCUCCACCGCGGGAGGGAAGGCUGUGUUACGUCUGAGAGCUUCGGAUUUCUACACCCUGGCAAGCCACACUCGUAGGAUACGAGCUGCGUGGACGGUGGCAUGCUGUCAGGGUGACGUGGUCAUCUUGGACGCCACGAUGGGACCAGCGUUCCUCAUGGGGCAACUGGACAUUGAAAAGCAUGAGGUGGUUCGUAGGGCUGAAGUGUUUUGCGGCGGCUUCAGCGGCUGGAGCCAGGCAGCCAUGCGCAUGGCACUCGUGCGGGUGCCUUGGGAGGUGAGCUGGUCGCUGGAUCAUGACCCUACAGACACGCAGUUUGAGCCUCAUGAUGCCAUUAACCCCGCUGUAGCUGUGCAUUGUUGUAUUGACAAGCGACUCAGGGCCAAGUUUGCAGUAGUCUUGCCAGUCUCCCCAUUCUUCAACGCUCUGUUUGAUGCUGGGUGUAGGAGGGCUGUUGAGAGUUUCCGGACCCACCAUGCCGCAGGCACUCCACUGAAGCUCCACAUCUCGCCGGGGCUGGACUUUGCCCUUGCUUUCAACGCACUGGGGGCCAUGGGCUGGUCGGUCACCUUCGGCGCCUUCCCUCCACGAGCGGUUGAUAGGCUACAAGCCGAGACUGUGGCGUUCACAUCCUUGCCCGCUGCAAUGACUGUGGAAACCAUCCUCAACUGCUGGCGGUCUGCCAGCCUGUUCGCUGGUUGUUGGCCGAAGGCCAGGGUUACAUCUGGCCCGUUCCCGCUCCCUGUCGAACGCAACCUGCAGACAAACGGAGCGCAGCCCCUGUUCCGCCGUAAGGGAUCCAGCCGCAUUUUGCUUUGUGUCCAUGUUGAGCAUCGAGGUGGCGGCGCUAAGGAUGACGGGGUCCAGUUGGCUAAGACGAGGAUUGCCUCACUGUUGUUGGACAGAGGAGUGAGCCUGCAUGAAACUACGGUUGUCACAGACCGCCUGUUAGACAAGCUCGGGGCCUCCAAAUGCCUGGCUCUGGUUAAGCCUACUGACCCGGCCCAGCGAUGGGAGGACCUUGCUAAGAACGCUAAGGCCGCAGGGGUUGAGUGGCCUAGUGGGGACAGCCGAGUUGCCAAAGCAGCUGCCCGAAUCCAAAAAGCCUUGCGAAAACAACGCCUUCCGGCACAGACCGUGCCAGUGGCCGCGCAAUUCCGCUUAUGCCCAGGGAUAUGGUGUGGCAUGGACGAGCAGCCGGUGCCCAUCUUGCAAAACCUUUGUCCAGGUGCAACAGGUGUUAUCCUGCAGGACGCCGCCGCAACAACCCCUGAAGACCUUGCCUUGCUAAGGACAAUGGAGUCGGAUGCUCUGUGUGUGGCGGUGUUGGGGUACGAUUGCCCAGAGCCUUCGACCUGCGGGGGAACCAUUAGUAUCUCGGCCGAGGAUGUGGAGACCGGGCGUCCACACCUCCUCGCCGGGUGCUUCCACAACGUAGGGGCCACGGAUGUGCAACCAAAGUACCAGACGCAGGCUGCAGUGACAGUUGAAGGCAUGGUGUGUUGCGCUUUCACGGUGUAUAGGGAUGAUCUCCCUGCAGAGGUCCAGUGGUCCCACUUCAUUGAAAGCCCGGUUCGCACAGCCCAGCAACAACUGCAGGCCCAAGGCGUUGAAAAGCCCUUCGUCAACCCGUGGGGCCGCACAUACCGGGCAGAUGGAAAACCGGUUGCGCCAAGCCAAGCUGACUCUUUGCAGUUCCAUGCCAAGGUGCCUGACUCCAUCCUGCGCACUGUCCUCCAGCAAAGCGGCUUCUGUAUGGUGUACGUUGUGCCCAAAGCGUGGGGGGAUUCAAGACCCUUGCCCGGGUGGUCGGUUGUUUGGCUCGCAGGCUCUAAGGCUGAGGUUGAACGACAGGCCCUCGUUGUCCCAUCUCAACAUGGCCUUGUUCGGGGCCGACGCAGGUUCGGAAUACGUGUCCCGGCCGACGCCUUUGCUGCUGUCUUUCAGCAACUCCGCCCAUCGGACCCAAUUCCAGAAAACAUCCCAGUCUCUAGCUUGUACAAGGUUGGCCCCUUGCCAGCUACAGCCUCUGAGCGCGAUGUCCUUACAUGGGCGAGCAAGCUUCCAUGGAAGGUCAAGGUUCUGAAAAUGUUAGGACCAGCGUACUACCUCCUGGGCACAAAUCAGGAACCUCCCUCCCUUCAGCCGGCCUUCAACGGCACGCCUGUGCUUGUGUCUUACGUGCAGCCACGUCAAUCCACGCGUCGGGUCAUCCAGGCUGAGGAACCCCCUCGUGCGCCAGUGCCAUCGUCAGCGUCCGCUGCUGCUGCUGACACACAGGACCCGUGGUCCUCCCAAGACCCGUGGGGUCAGUACCUCGCAACAAAGGCAGCGGGGCCGACGGCGCCGCCACGCCUUCCUCCGCAACCUGCAAAAGGCCUUGACGGGCAGGCAGCUGCACGCCUCACUGAACAAGACAGACGACUGCAUGCCCUGGAAACAAGUAUUGCGCAGCUGCAGGGAGCAGUCGAGAAGGAGUCAGUGGACAGGAAGUCGGACCUCAAGAACCAUGCGGACGAUUUGGGGCGCGUCCGCGCAGACAUGCAGCUCCUAAGCAAUCAACUGGGUCAACAGCUCAGCUCUAGCAUCGACUCCUUGCGUUGCGCCCAAGCCCAGCAGGAGCAACAGGUGGCGCAGGGCAUGGCUGAGCUAAAACAGUUGAUCCUCGCCCAGGCCGCUGAGAAACGACCCCGCCGUGAAGACUCGGAACUGUACUUCCAGCUGAACCCACAGCAGCGUGUCACGGCACCAAAGGCUAAUAGGCGUCAGGUUAAAACCGUGCAGGGUGGGGAUGUGUGUCGUAUCGUGGUGUGCAACCCGACGUCUGUUCUCCACAAAGAGCAGGAUCUCUUGAGCCUACAGGGUGAUAUCUUGUGUGUGUCUGAAACUUCUGCGGUUGCACGGGUUCAACAUAUCGUGGGCCAUAAGCUCCGGCAGUAUGGGCUGACGUCCCACUGGGGAGCUGCAGUCCCAUCACAUCAACGUGAAGGCCACGCGGAUACUUUACGUGGAAUGGCAGCGGGCGUGGCGAUGUUCACGCAUCUCCCCAGUCGCCCGUCCAUACAGCCGUUACAGGGUGAGCAUGCUAGCUGUGGCCGCCUGGCCGAGGCGUUCGUGAGAUUUGGCCCUGUGGAGGUUCGUCUACUGACACUAUAUGGUCUGCCUGCAAACCACACAGGUGCCAUGACUUACAACAACUCCCUCCUUCAGGCUGCCUUUGACAGAGCCUGCUCCUGCCGAAUUCCGUGUAUUAUUGCUGGAGACUUCAAUUGCCGACCAAUGUCCCUCCCGGCCGGGCAGGCUUUUGCGAGCCGUGGGUAUCAUGAAGCCUUCCAACUCCAUGAAGAUAGGACGGGCCAGUCCCUACCUCCCACGUGCAGGGGGUCCACCCGUCAUGACACUUUGCUCCUUCACCCGGUGCUGGUGCCCUUCUGGAUUGGGGCGCAAGUACUCGCGGGACGACACCUUUUUGAUUCGCAUGAUCCCUUGGUUGUCACUUUGAAGGUUCCCCAUGCCCUCCCAACGGUUCAGACUUGGACAAUGCCGAAGACAUGGGCGGAUUCCCCUCCGCCGCCGCGUCUGUUCAAGCACCAUUGCGAGGCCCUGCUCCCUCAGGUGCACGCGCAACUCCAAAGGUGUCAAACCUCCACUGAUGUGGGGACGUGCUUGCAGUCGUGGGCCUCCGCUGUGGAGGAGGCGGUCCACCGCGGCUUGUUGGACUCCCCGACGGACUCGGGUCAGUGUGGUCUCCGGAAAGCGCAACGCGGACGGUGCCGCCCUAGAAGCCUGUGUCAACGCCCUGUCCCACAGCUGGUGAAGGCGGCAAGGCGUGGCGAUUUCACCACGGAUGUUGAGGCCACUUCGGUUCUGUGCCGGAUGCGGGUGCGGCAGGUUCGGCGGCUGGAGGAGCUUGCCCGCACCAUUCAUGCAAUCCAACACCGCCCAGGCAACAACCAUAGGAACCGCUGCGCCUGUGACCAGUGGCGGCGUAUACGGAAUGCAGCAGGAUACUCUAUGCCUUUCCCCGCUUGGCUCUUGCGCGUUGCCCAUUUCCAUCAGGUGCCACUCGACCUGCCCGAUGCUGACUGGCUUUGUGACUGCAUCAGUUAUACCAAGUUUGAUUGCCAAGCCUUGGCUAAGCAGGAGGCAAAGUGCCGCGCGGACAAGUUCAAAAUCAGAAUGGCCUUGGAUCGGCGCUACCAUGCGUCGGCGGAAGGGUUUGCGGCUGUGCGCCCAGCGCCGCAUCCCCCUUUCACCAGCGUGCCCCAUCGACUGGAAUGCCAGGCCCUUCUGGUCCAUGCUGAGGAUGCAAGCAUGUGUACAUAUGCCCUCCCUGCAGGGGUGUCUCUGCACCCGAGCGCCCCGUUCACUGUCAAUCAGGCCACCAUCCCGCAGGCCACCAACGAGGGUGACCACAUUUGUGUCCGUGGCCCAUCACUUGGGGAGUCCAUUUGGGUGUCACAGGACCAGGUGGCAUGCACAGCUCCCGAGCUUGCCAAGGCCUUCAGUGACUACUGGGGGCCGCUCUGGGGCCGUGACCGUACUGAGGAAUCACAGCAACUUGCAGGUUGGGAGCUCUUCCAGGCAAACACGCAAGACCUUUCAGGGCCAUUGCCACGCAUUGAUGUUGACAUGUGUGACAUACGGUUGUGGCGACAAGCUAUCCGGCGAAUGCCCAAAAUGAAGGCCACAGGAAUCUGUGGAUGGUCCCCGUCUGAGCUCAAACUUUUGCCGGACUGUGCUCUGGAGGUUCUGAUCCGCAUCUUUCAGAUUGCCGUUAAGUUGGGUCUGCCUGCUCACAUGCUUGAGUCGCGCGUCUGUGUCCUGGCCAAGCAUGAGGCGCCUGAGCACAUCAAGCACAGUCGUCCUAUUGUCAUAUUCAGUACUUUGUAUCGUCUUUGGGGUUCAGUUCUUGUGAACCAGGUGCUGCACACGUGGGGAAACACCUUUCCACCGGCAGUCAUGGGGAGUCUACCAGGCAGGGCUGCCAGUGAUCUGGCGGGGCGACAGCAGCAUGCCAUUGAAUGCGCCCUGCUGCAAAAGGAGACGCUUUACGGGGUUGGGGUUGACAUAGUAAAAUGCUUUAACCAGCUGCCAUGGCCUCCCUUGCGUGUCCUGAUGACACGAGCAGGCAUGCCUGGUGACCUCGUUGACUUUUGGUUGCAGGGUUUGCGCAAGGUUGUUAGGCGUCCUGUUUUCCUCGGGUCGGUGUGCCCUGCUGGCAUAAAGGCCUAUAACGGUGCGCCGGAGGGCGACCCAGUGUCGGUCGCCGCCAUGGCUGCCGUGUGCUAUUGGGCUCACAACUUCAUUCAACCGUCUUCUGCUGAGUUCGGCACGUACGUUGACAAUUGGAGUUGGCAGGCGCCGGCGCUCCCAACGUUGAAGCAUGCCACCUCAUACCUCCUCCGUUUCCUUCAAAGUCUCAAACUCCCUGUGGACUGGACUAAGUCCUACAGCUGGGCUACAACUCCAAGUGGCCGUCAGUGGCUCCGGACAGGGCUCGCUGACGUGUUGCCGCCUGAAGUGCAACUGCCGGUUGCGCGAACGGUCAGGGAGCUUGGGGCUGCUUUCCAGUUCGAUGCCUCCCAGCAUGCAACUGUCCGCAAGGGCAAAGUCGAGCUGGGGCUUGAAAGACUCCGGAAAUUGGAAAAGGUGCCACGUCCUAUUCUGGAGAAGGCGCAGCUGAUACAAAAAGGGGUUUGGCCCAGCUGCUUGUAUGGACUUGAGGGUGCCUCCUUGAGUGUGCAGGACGCGUCCCGGCUGCGUGCCGCAGCCACGAGGGCCUUGCUGGGCCCUUCGCAAGUCGCAAGCCCCCACUUGGCGCUCACAUGCCUCCAUGCCUCACUUCAGGACCCACAUCUCUUUGCCAUUGAGAAGCAGGUCUUACAACUGCGCCGCUUCAUACACCAUGCGCCCCAUACGGCUGCAUCCAUGUUGGCAGUCAUGUCUGACUUCCACGAGGUCCCUCGCGUUACAGUGGGCCCUGCUACGGCCUUGUUAAAGUCGCUUCACUUCCUGGGACUGAAGAUGGACCUUGAUGCCCGAGUGAAGGGCCCGGACAAUGUUUGUCUGCAGCUGCAAACUGCCAGUGCCAAAGACGUUCGCAGCUUCCUCACGAGUGCCUGGGAGUGCCAUGUGGAGCGCACCGUUGCCCAUAGGAACGGCUUACAGGGUGUAGGAACACCUUGGGGUCAAGAGACCGCCCGCAUCCUCCGCCAGGUUGGGGAUGCGGAGGCACUGGUGUUGGCUCGCUACGUGUGCGGUGCAUAUAGCUCUGGGGCCGCCAAACAUAAGUGGGAGCCCGCCGUCCCCGAUAUGUGUCCCCUGUGUGGCGCAAAGGACACGAAGGAACAUCGCCUGUUGACAUGUUCCGCACUUGAGCAUGUGUAUAAGGAUUGGGCCGGUUUGAUGCAGUACUGCCUUGACCGCUGGCCUCAUUGGUUGCAUGGACUGUAUGCGGUCCGAGCAGAAGGUGCAUUAGUCACAAACCUGAUUUUCGCACAGCGUCGCAUGCCUGCGGCUAGCAACAAGGCUGCUCAGGAACUUGCGCGUCACAUCCCGCGCCUGCUGCUCUUCACAGAUGGCAGCUGCCGCCAUCCCACAGUUCCGGUUGCAUCGCACUCAGGUUUCGCUGUCGUCAUGGCCCUAACUACCGACGUUGAGUUGGUGCUCGAGGAAUUUGAGAGAUGGCGAGCCACAGGAUGCCACAGCAACCUCUUCUGUGUGGUGUGCCAAGGCCUGACACCAGGGUCCCAAGGGAUAAAUAAGGCGGAGGCAUAUGCCAUCCUCCAGGCUUGUCGUUUCGCAGCGCAGUGCCCCCAUGAUGAUGUUGAGAUCGUUUCUGACAGCAAGGUUGCUCUUAGGAAUGCGCACGUUGUGGUUCAGGGUGCUUUGGGUUCUUUUCCUGAACUGGCGAAGGAAAUGCAGGCCUGUUGGCGCCCUUACUUCAAGCUUACCAAGGUCGCUUCACAUCAGGACAUGACUUGCCUCGCUGGCCGAGACCUACUAAUGGCAUUGGGCAAUGACUACGCGGAUACUGCCGCUAAGGAGGCGGUCAAGGCGGACCUGAGCAUCGUCACGGAGAUCGUUGAUCAGGUCUUUGAGUUCACUACGACGCAGCGCGACUGCAUGCUUGUAGCGGCCCGUUACAUGCUGGCGGUGUCGGCAGAGGCGAGCCGACUGUUGCGAGCUAAAGGUGACACUGCAGUUUCCUUGGAGCCGGUCCUUAGGAAGAACCUGGACGAGGCCACUUCGCCGGCGGAAGCUUGGCGGGAGCUUGACCCCAAGCCAGGCUACCUCUGGACCACGAAGACGCUGCAGAACGAUUGGCUGGUCGCCUGUCCGUGGCCUCCAUGGUUUACCUUCCCUUUGUGGCAAUGGCUACGGCGACUACGAUGGGAGUUGCCUGGUGCCCACAAGGGCGUGUGCAAUGGCGUUACCAACGUUGAGUUGCUGGUGCACUUUGUCGCCUCUACAGGCGUUUGCCCACCAGCUCGUGACCCUCGCCCGGAACACGCUGGUGAGUACUUGGACGCACGACACACUGACAUGCCCAUGCUGGUCCCACUACGGGAGUGGACGGCGGCGAUCCUUACGGCAGCUCGUUCCCUGGAGACUGUUAGUGGUUGUCGGCUGUUACCUGACCGCAGACGGAAGGUAUACAGCUUACGAACUGCAGGCGUGCAAGCGCCUCGGCAUGGACUCCAGCAAAGACCGGUUCUUGGACAGCUUGAUGGUGUUUGGGAUCUCCUAAGUGAGGUUCUACAUGAUGGCGGAGUUUCCCCUCUGCUGGCCUCUUGUACAGAGUACACAGGUGGCUUAGAAGACUCAGACAUUGAUGGGACUUCAUUCUGA